AAAAGGCAAUAUUUAUUUUAUUAAUUUAUUUUCUACUAUGUUCUAUUCUAGUCAGGUUAGGUAAUAGGCUAGGUAACAGGUUGUAUUCUUGGGGAGAGAAAAGGUGAAAUUAUGGAAGCUGUUGGAAACCGUUGCUUUAGUUCAGCGUUCUUAGCUCCUCUCGAAAAUGUGCUGUUGUUGAACAAUAAGAAGAUUCGUGCUUACAAUCAUGGAAUGGUGUCCAGAAAUCCCUCCAGAUUGAACAAAAUCUCUUGCAAAUUGCCUGAGAGUGAACUUGGAGAAAACCCUAGAAGCCAGAUCCUUACCAAGUCCAAGAACAAGAUGGAAGAGUACAAUAUAGCCAUGAAGAAGAUGAUGAGGAGUCCUUAUGAGUAUCAUCAUGAUCUGGGCAUGAACUACACACUUAUAACUGAUAAUUUGAUAGUGGGUUCUCAGCCUCAGAAGCUUGAAGAUAUAGAUCAUCUAAAACAGGAAGAGAAUGUGGCAUACAUUCUAAACUUACAGCAGGACAAGGAUGUCGAAUACUGGGGAAUCGACCUGCAGUCCAUAGUUAAAAGAUGUCAAGAGCUCGGAAUUCGCCAUAUGAGAAGACCCGCAAGAGAUUUCGAUCCUGAAUCAUUGCGAAAUGGAUUGCCUAAAGCUGUUUCGUCAUUAGAAUGGGCCAUUUCAGAGGGAAAAGGAAAAGUGUAUGUUCAUUGCUCUGCCGGACUUGGAAGAGCCCCUGCAGUUGCCAUUGCUUACAUGUUCUGGUUUUGUGGAAUGAAUCUGAACACAGCAUAUGAGAAAUUGACUUCAAAAAGACCAUGUGGUCCAAACAAAGGAGCGAUCCGUGGAGCUACUUAUGAUCUUGCCAAGAAUGAUCCUUGGAAGGAGCCCUUUCAGUCUCUCCCAGAACAUGCGUUUGAGGACAUAGCAGAUUGGGAGAGGAACUUGAUUCAAGACCGUGUCCGUUCUCUCCGUGGCACUUGAGCAUUUAGGUGGAUCCAUGGCAGGUUUUGGUAACCAAGUUAUAAUGGAAAGGUGAGGACGAAACCUUCUGCAGUAAUUGAUGAUGGACUCGAAGCUAGGACGCUCGUAAAUGUUCCCCUGUUCAAAUUGGAGGAGAGCUCGAAUAACUAAAUCAUAGGCAUCUAAUAAAUUAAAUGGUAUUCGGGUUGCUUAAAGUUGUGUAAAUGAAAAGGAGCAAAUUUAUUGAAAAGGCUACUUAACAUCCA